AUGUAUGCCUACACGAGGAGAAACGCCAUCCCCAUUCUGAUUGGGUCAUUGGCAGGAUUGACGAUAAGCUACCUAUUCGCCAACAGGAGGGAAGUGCGAAAAUGUUUGGCGUGCACGGUGGAGAGAGCCAUAGCCAAGUGGAAAAUGAGAAAAUGUGGCCGUCACGCGAAGGAUGGAAAAAAGCACCGCAGUAGUGAUGAACAACGUGGUGACGGGCAAGACAUCCCAGAAGGGUGCCCAGGCAUGGAGAACGAACAAGCAGGGAAGUCGAAAAUCUGCGAGGGGUGCCCAAACCAAAGAAUUUGCAACGAUCCAGAAUUGAAGAAAGAAAAGGAGAAGGAAAAAAAUCAAAUUUUUAAUCAAGUCCAAGAAAAUUUAAAAAAUGUAAAAUAUAAAAUUUUGGUAUUAUCUGGAAAAGGAGGGGUAGGAAAGUCUACAGUAGCAACUCAGUUAGCCUUUUCAUUAUCCUACCUGAACUACGAUGUAGGUCUCCUCGACAUUGAUAUAUGUGGACCGUCCAUCCCAGUCCUAACGCAAACAGUGAACUGUGACGUUAACUAUAGCAUGAACGGAUGGGUUCCCAUUUAUAAAAAUAAUUUGUCUAUCAUGUCUGUGGGAUAUUUACUGCCCAAUUUUGAUGACCCAGUUAUUUGGAGGGGUCCCAAAAAAAAUGGACUAAUUAAACAGUUCUUGUGUGAUGUCUACUGGAAGAGUUUGGACUUUUUAAUUAUAGACACACCACCAGGAACGAGCGAUGAACACCUUACCAUUUGCUCCUAUUUAAAAAAUAAUUUAAAUGGGUGCAUAAUAGUUACCACGCCACAUAUCCUAUCCAUUUGUGACGUUAAGAAGGAGAUCGAAUUUUGCAAAAAAACCAACAUCCCCAUUUUAGGAAUAGUAGAAAAUAUGUACCAAUCCGUUUUUGUUUCCAACUACACGGUCGAUAAAAUGUGUGCAGAGAUGAAUGUAGACUAUGCUGGUAGGAUCACCUUCAAUCAGGAGCUCAUUAAUGCAUGUCAACAUGGGGUUGGUUGCUGUGAUCUGGAUGCUUACAGUUCAUCCUCCAAAGAAAUUUUUCAACUGUGCAAAUUUUUCGUCCAGAAGAUUUUACAAAAUUGUGAGAAUAUGGCGAACUCCCCGGGUGAGAACACUCAACUGGCUCAUUCGAAAAACCUUGGUAAUUCCAAUGAUGAAGAGGAGACUCUACAGCAGAAUGGAAAAUCCGACCAGUCGAACAGUUCGCAAGUGCAGAUGCUUCGCCAGUUAUUAAAUCAAAUUAGCCAACUGGUUGGGGAAAACCCGGAAUGA